AUGGAUCUCAAUGACCAAAGCGGUAUUCUCUCAGGACUUGGAAAUGUUUUGUCUCAAAUUAUGGAGCAGCAAGGCAAGGACCCAAAUGUGAAGAAUCUCACCUUUGAUGGUCCAGUCAGAUUUGGAGUAUUUGGGUUGGUUUUCACAGGUCCAUUGAGUCAUUAUUUUUACCACUAUCUGGAUAAACUGAUACCAUCCAAUGUUCCCUAUUCUCAGAUCAAGAGACUUCUGCUGGAUCGUCUGAUGUUUGCUCCAUUAUUCCUUGCUCUUUUUUUUGUGGUUAUCAGUCUACUUGAGGGGAGUAACUUGAAGUCAUUGAAGGACAAGAUGAAGACUGGAUACUGGACAGCACUAAAAAUGAAUUGGAAAGUUUGGACAAUCUUCCAGUUCAUUAACAUUAAUUAUGUGCCUGCACAGUUCCGUGUGCUGUUUGCUAAUCUUGUAGCUCUUUUCUGGUAUGCAUACCUGGCUUCAAUCAAGAGAUGAUGCUAUAAUAUUAACAUUGACCAGAACCUUCUGAGAAUGAUUUUUUCCGCUCUGAUUAAAAAAAAAAGACUUUUGAAAGAUGAAUGCAAUGAAUGAUCUUUGGCCAAAUCCUGUAUCUAACAUAACUUUCUGUGUUUUCACAAAGUAUCUAAUGGAUAGUUAUUGUUGGAGAAGGAACUGCGAAAUGUGCUGUGACAAUAACAAGAUGGAGAACAAGCCAGUCUGCAGAAUUUACAAAAAGCUUAUUUUUUUGACUUCUAAUGAUUUAACAUUUAUUAAUUGUGUAAUUUAUUUUGUACAUUGCAUGUCAAAAGUACAGUUGAUUUACAAAUGAUUCUGUAUAUUACAAGGAUUCAGUUUCAGAUUUAAACUGCCAGAUCAAAGCAAGAUUGCCACCUGAAGUCAAAACUUUGUUCCAUCUUAACAGUUUUCACUGAUAAUAAUGAAUACUGUAUUCAGAAAUCUUACUUAAUGUGCUCAGAAAUUUUAUUAGUGUUUCCAAAUAUAUUAAUCAAUUAAUUACUGAGGUAGUUUCAUUUCAACCGUUUGGUAGACUCCAUAAUCAAACUAUGACAUUUGUUGGCUAAGUGCGAGUUGUCUUGAGUUUUUGGAAGGACUCUGGCCAUGAGGUCCAGGGUGAUUUCUUACUAUAUCUUUUCCAAAUAUGCUUCCUUAACUGUUGUGUAGAAGGGUCAUUGGACCCGAUAAGUUAACUCUACUUUCUCUCCACAGAUGCUGCUCAACCAGCUGAAUUUUCCCAGCAAUUUCUGGUUGUUUCUGAUUUCCAGCAAAUAUAGCUCUUUGGCAUUUUUUAAUGCCUCAUUAACUACCUAUCCCACCACUGUGAUGUACCUCACAUCUGAUUCUAGCCCCAUUUUGCCAUGUGUUUUUUCCAGAAGAACUCCCCACUUGGUGGAAAUCCGCUGACAGGCUGGUAUCCCCCAUGCUCACGUCAUCUUUAGAAGGCUGCUGUGCACCUGGUCAAGUGUUGGCAGCCGAGUGAUUCCCUCAACCAGCAACAUAAUGGCACAGCUGCCACAAAGCCAUACAUUUCACGGCACAUGGCUGACAGUGCCUUGCAGGUACCACCCUGUUCUCUCACUCCAGUUACCAUUUAACCAUCAUGCCAUACAGUUUACCUGUUCUUCGCACAUCCUGUCAAAACACUGUCUCUAAGUUGCUGCUACUCUUUCUCUGGUGAUACCCAUGUUGUCAUAUUCCAUUAGGGGAUCAUCACAGCCCCUGCAAGCAAUUGGCCAUCUCCAAAUACGAUCUUUUACUGAUAGCCAGCAACUGAACCAUCCAGGGUUGCAGCCUGAUCCAAUCUAUGAGCUGGGUGCCAAUCCUUGUGUGCAAAGUUUUUCUUUGUUGUAGACUUCAAAACUUAAUUGUUGGUGCACCCUGCAACAAGAGCCUGUGGUUCUUCAGCAUCCUGCUAGUGAAUAGGAGAAGUGCCAUGAUGAUCAUUGGGGGUUGGCAAAUGGCGGAUGCCCCUGUCUGUUGACAAGGGCUGUGUGGCUGGUGUCCAUGGAUUGUGCCCUGAGAUGCUGUUUGGUGCUGAGUAACAGGGUUCCUUACAGCCAAUGGUGAGCUGAAGUUGCCAGGCACCUGCUCUGAUUUCCAUGUUGAGAUUUCUUUACUUCUAGUUUGUGUGUUUGGUAAGAUAGGAAGCUGACGAUUAUUGAGGCAUUUAACAAGCUAUGGUUCCCCAUAAUUGGCAACUUGCAGCAUGGCAAAUGCAUAAAAGAUGCAGCAAUAGCUGCUAAUGUCAGGAUGAGCCUUGCUGGACUUCUUAUCUGAUUCUGCCACAAAUCUCGCCAUAGCCCAUGUUGCUCAGGCCUCUAUAAGAUUCUACCCUAUAUGUCUAAAACUAAACUACAGCUAUGCUGUAAUCUGAUCUAUCAGGCAGUACUGUUGUAUUUCAUGAUACGCUGUAAAGAAAUAGGUUACAACAUAUGUGUACAUUAUAACACCGUAAGAAAUACCUUGAUUCAUUAUCUUUUAUUGUGGAUGAAGUAAUUUUGUCCCAGAAUAAUAAUGUACAUGAGGCUUCAGUUGCACUUGUGAUAAGGUUAAAGGAUUUUUUCAAAGAAACUAAAAUCAUCCAUUAAUAAAAUUAAUGAACUUUCUACAGCCAUUGAUUUUUGAGAAUCAGCAUUUCACAAUUUCUCUGUUGUGCCGAGAAGCACAAAAUACAUUCAAAGUUAUUCAGUUAAUACAGUGUGAAGAACUAAAUUUGUUCACUGUGAAGAAUAUUUUGGUGACGACCCACAUGAUUGAGCAAAGUUGAGUGGAUUCAAACAUGAUCAUCAAUCACUUUUUACUGAUCCUCAGCAUAACUUCGUAAGUAAAUAACAAGUUUCUUGUUGGUGUAUCAGUUUACAAACUAAUUUUCCUGUGACUCUAAGAAGGUGGAAGCUGAAUUUGUCACCUAAUUUUCUAUAUCACGUGUGUUAAAAAAAACUAGAUUCAUUGACACACUCGGAUGAACUGUGCUUUAUCGUUGUUUAUACAACAUGCAGUUUAUAUGGCAAACUGUCCUGGAUCCUUGUGAUUUUUAUCACCAACAAUGGAAAACUUUCUGGAGCUGAGUUUAGAAUUUCUGAUGUGAAUAUUAAAACGUUUAGGGAAAACAGACUGCUUCACAUCAAGUGUAUCCGAAUUGAAUACAAGAACUGGAUUAAUUAGCAACUAUACUAACUGACUAGUUUAUCUAAAUUUGACUUCAAACACACUCAAUUUCUGUGCUUGCCCGUAAUGAUAUCUCCUGGAUGUCAUUGGAUAUUGUAACGUGUUGCCUUCAUGCGGAGUUAUUAUAGAAUAUAAUUAGAAAUCCCUUACUUUGAAUACAAACACGUUCAAAGAAUAGGAAAUGACUGCAAUAAACAUUUGAUUAAAACUA